UGCACCUAACUGUUUGCCAGGGGGGUUCGUCAGGGCCCAGUGUGUUCUUCUGUGUCCAGGAAUAGGGAGAGCGGUGAUGGGAGCGGAUUCAGGAACCUGUAUCCAGUCUCAACUCUGCCUGUUAUGGGUUUUUCCAACUUGAUCCCACUUGGUCCCAAGGGCCUAUCUACAACAAGAUGUCUGUACUGAUGCUCCCAUUGCUCUGCUGGCUCUUCUGUGCCAACUCUGUUGGAGCAUCCCUGGUGGGAGCUCAGUAUAUGAACCUUCCUCUCCUCCUUGUCUUCUUUUCUCUCUGGAAUCAUCUGACUCUCAGGCCAUGGCCUUUGCACCCCAACCUCAGGAGAGUGGGUGGCUCUCCCAACGUCUGGAAGAUUCUCCCAAACCCAGACCUGGGAUGCCCACUUGCUAUGCCCUGCUUCCUUGAAAACCAAGAUGAGCCAUACUCCAGUUGAACAGUCCGUGAUGGACUUGAUCGUCCUGUUCCACAAAUACACCAAACCUGAUGACAAGAUUGACAAGCAGGGCCUGCUGAAGAUGCUGAAGGAGAAUUUCCCAAACUUCCUCACGGCUUGUGAAAAAAAGGGCAAACAUUUCUUGGCCCAUAUCUUUGAGGACCAGGACAAGAAUAACGACAAGAAGAUCGAGUUUUCUGAGUUUCUGUCGGUGUUGGGAGUCAUAGCCACGGACUACCACAAUCACAGCCAUGGAGCCCCACUCUGUUCUGGUGGAGGACACUGAGCCCAGCCCAGCCAGACACCUCCAAGAAACAAUAAAGUUUCUCUUAUGCCCUGA